ACCUAACCUGGACCUACAAUACCAACAAAAUACCUGAUACCUGAGCACAGCAACCUCCAUACAUACAUCACUUGCUCGCACAUUGCGAACUUGAAUAUCUCACUCUCUCUUGAGAUCCACUUGUCCUGCACCAUACACUCGCUAUGUCUUGUACCAUCCGUCGUCUAACAAGUAUAGAAUAGCUCGUCUUUUCCUGGCUCUUUGCCGACCCCAAUAACCCCUUUCAGUCUUGGCCGAAAACCACCAUUGAAAGUUAAUCCAAGCUACAUCGACUUUCCCGUCUUGCCUUUUUUCCCACCCCCACCAUCGACAGAAAUAACGGUGGCGAGGAGUUAGCUACCUAGCUAAACCUCUCAAUCUGCAAGGCUGACUCUCGCGACAACUAGGUCGAAAGGACCCCAUGUCAGAUAAUCGGGAGCUAGCAGCAAUACCUCGCCUAGGAACAAAAGCUAGAAACGAAAACCGUCAGGAGGCCCCUUAAACCGUGCACGAAUUAUGAAUUAGAAGCUAUGCGUCUUGCUAACUAGUGCAUCCUUUUUUUCCCACUUAGACCAGAUGGACGUUGCGACUGAGAGUGCGCCGCGAAACUUACCCGUUAACAAGGCUGACGAGAGCAUGGGCGCACGUACGGUUCCAAUUAUCACUACCCCUACGCCGAUGCCAACCAUAAAGAUGUCGGCCCCUUCGCCACCGGGUGAGCCCAUGGAUAUCACCACGCCGACUAACUCAUCGGCUCCGCAGAGUGCUCGGAAGAGUUCUGAGGGGGAAGGUAGCGAUUCUAAUGAUCGCCAGAGCACCGCGCUAUCGGGGGAGCAGAGCUCGAACUUCUCUUCAAUCACAAUGCCCGCGCCUGCCGCUGCGGCUGUUCAUCAGCCGAAGAUAGUACAAACUGCGUUUAUCCAUAAACUCUACAACAUGCUAGAAGACCCUAACAUACAACACCUCAUUAGCUGGUCCAGCUCUGCUGAGAGCUUCGUUAUGUCACCUUCGCAUGAUUUUUCCAAAGUUCUUGCCCAAUAUUUCAAGCACACGAAUAUAUCCUCUUUCGUUCGACAACUCAAUAUGUACGGCUUUCAUAAAGUAAGCGACGUAUUCCAUACUGGUUCCCCAGAGACUGCGUUGUGGGAAUUCAAACAUGGCAACGGCAACUUCAAAAAAGGUGACCUGGUUGGCUUGCGCGAGAUCAAGCGACGGGCAUCUCGUCAUACACUAAUUCACCGAGACCACCGGGAAUACAGUCAGAAGCCAACCCCAUCGCAGCCAGGCACUCCGGCCGAACCAAUGCCACCAAUCCAUGACGGUUCGGAUCCGAGGCUCGCGAACAUUGAGCAUUCCUUAUAUGAAGUCACGACCAGGCUGCAGCGCAGUGAGGAGAAUGCUCAUUACAUGAAUGUGAAGCAGCAAGCAAUGUCAGACGCAAUGAAUCGCUUGCUGCAGUUAAACCAAGAAUUAUCUAGAACGAUUUUGAGCCUUGUUCCGCCAGAGAAUCCUGUUCAUAGAGAUGUUCUUGCGCUCCAAGGUGAGAUCCAACGUCAAACCGAAUUCGUUCGUUCCAUAGACGAACCACAUGAACCAUCCUUCCCGAAUAGCCGUCAGCUCUUUGCGAAUCUUGAGAAUCCUCCCGUAUCUCCCCGACAGUUAGCUCAGGACGACCAGCGAAGAAUAGGGGGCGUGUAUCCUCAAUCCCGAACCAAUUUCUACCGACCUCCAGUAUCUUCCAACCUCGCAAUAAGCUCCUCCAAUGCAGCGAUAAACUCACGUCGAUCACAUGGGUCGAUCAGUGGGAGCACAACCCAGUCUUCGCCUUCUCCUCUCCGGUCUCAAGCGCCGCCACCACCACCUGGUCCUCAUCCGCUUGCUACCGUCGAGCCCCCACCGAGCGGUCUGUCUAGGCGGCACACCUCAGCCGAUAUCCGAGCUGCUGGGUGGCAAGUCAACCCGCCGCCGUAUAUUUCCUCUGGCCCCCCUUCGUCUUAUUGGCCGUCUUCUCCCAACCGAGGCGCCCAAGAUGAGCAACGCAUCCGUGAUCCUCCGUCUCACUACUCACUAUCGCGGCCUGCUACUCCGCCGGCCCCUUUCUCAAACGGCAAUAUCGGGAAUGGGUUAGAAAGCCUCAACAAUUGGUCCUGGAAUUCUGCCAACCGAGAAAACAAAAACCUUUCAAUUAAAGACAUGUCUGCCCCUCCAACUAGGAGGGGAAGCAUGGCGCACAUCCUUAAUCCCACAGAUACAGUAGAACGGGACGAGGAAGGCGAUCCUCGAGGAGAUGAAGAUCGAAAGCGGAAACGGAUAUAAUAAUUGGCAUUGUAGGUCCUUGAGUAUCUCAUAUCUUGCGCCAUGAAUAAGCGUUGUCGCAUAUUAUACCACAUACAGCGGGACUUUGUUUUUGUAUAGAGCGAUUCAUGCGGAAUACACGAAUCUCUGAGGAUCUACGGCCAUGUUAUAUGACAUUGACUAUGCACCUUACGAAUUUCUUUUCAUUUUGAUAAAUUUUUUGUUUUUCCUUUCACUGCAUUGCUAUACUCCUUUCUUGGAUAUCUUAAGUUUGUCGCUGAAAUACCAAAAAGUGUUGGCUACAUUGAAAAUUGCUCGGGGCGGUUUGGUGAUGGUAUGGUGACGGGCGAGAUAUUACUCACUAUAUUCCAUUCAUGGGGGCUUUUUUUUUUCUUCGAAUUUGGAGGCUGGCGGCGGAUGUCUGAAUCAACUUGCCCAUUGGGUUUUGUACAACACGGAACACGGGCAUGGUUCUUACUUCGGAAGGGGGGCUGUUGUAAUCCGUUGGGAGAGGUAUCAAGCUGGAAAUUUCAUCCAAUUAUGCUCGUGGAGUCAUUAAUCAUGUACUCUUAACAGAAAAAAAAAGGUGCCUAGUCAAUGUAGGAGUAAAGGCUUAUUUUGCAUACAUCACCGGCGAGGAAACUAUGACAGCUUUCUAGGUUACGAGGUAGCUUUCAUUUUUCAUGCCUAAUGAUCUAUCACAUUUCGAAGCCA